CUCGAGCUGAAUGAGGUGCGUGUCGGUGUCCCGCUGCUCGCCUUAUCUGUUUGAGCCGUGUUUGUCGGACCGUCAUGCUGACGGCGGGUUAAUUCACUGUAACGGGUUAAUACGGUCCGCGGAUCCAGAGACUCGGCCAUGGCGGGAGAGCCGGUCAGUCUGGUGUUUAAGCUGUACUGCUUGGUGGUGAUGACUCUGGUGGCCGCUGCGUACACGGUGGCUCUGAGAUACACCAGGACGGUCUCGUCAGAUCUGUACUUCUCCACCACGGCAGUCUGCCUCACCGAGAUCAUCAAACUGUUCCUCAGCCUCGGGAUGCUCGCCAGAGAAUCGGGGGGGCUCAGCCAGUGGAGGAGUUCGGUGGUGGAGCACAUCUUCAGGAGCCCUAAAGAGCUGCUGAAGCUCAGCGUGCCGUCGGUGGUUUACGCCGUCCAGAACAACAUGGCCUUCCUCGCCCUGAGCAACCUGGACGCCGCAGUGUACCAGGUGACGUAUCAGCUGAAGAUCCCCUGCACUGCUCUGUGUACGGUGCUGAUGCUGAACCGUUCCCUUAGCCGCCUGCAGUGGUUCUCCGUCUUCAUGCUGUGUGCGGGGGUCACUCUGGUCCAGUGGAAGCCUGCCGAGCUCACCAAAGUCCAGGUGGAGCAGAACCCGUUUGUGGGUUUCGUGGCCGUGGCUGUCGCCGUUCUGUGUUCUGGAUUUGCAGGUGUGUACUUCGAGAAGGUGCUGAAGAGCUCUGAUACGUCUCUGUGGGUGAGGAACAUUCAGAUGUAUCUGUCUGGUAUCGUGGUGACUCUGGCGGGGGUGUAUAUGACUGACGGGCCGCAGGUGAUGGAGAAAGGCUUCUUCUACGGAUACACACUGUCCGUCUGCUUCGUCAUCUUCUUGGCGAGUGUUGGUGGUCUGUACACCUCAGUGGUGGUGAAGUACACCGAUAACAUCAUGAAGGGUUUCAGCGCUGCCGCAGCCAUCAUCCUGUCCACCAUCGCGUCCGUCACACUCUUCGGCCUGCAGAUCACUGUGACCUUCGCCUCGGGAGCCUUACUGGUGUGCGUGUCCAUCUACCUGUACGGACUGCCCAAGCAGGACACCACCGCUCUGACGAGACCCGACAACAAGACGGCCAAACAGAAGCUGAUAUCGGUGUAAAGACUCCCGAAAAGAGAAAGCAGGGUUUUAGAACAAGUUCCAGUUCUCCGAUCUCUCGACUGAAUUCGUAAAAACGCAGUGCUUUAUUUCUGCUCUGUGUACUGACCCGACCCGGAGAGCAGGAAGACACACUAAUCACUUCAUCGACAUGGCCUUUUCCUAACGAGGAGGACAGGGGCCUGCAUUUCUGUCGUUUUCUACCCAGACCCGUCGUUUCUGAUAAGGAACCGUUCAGUGUUCUUCUAACCUGAUCUCUAUCUGCUGUAGGUGCAGCGGACGGUCAGUCACCACGGAAAAUAACGUCAGGAUGUUUCCCUGAACUCGGAAAAGAGCUGAGAGUUCAGGGUAACGUGGUGAAAUGACUGUGGUAACUGACUGUUAUACUGCAGAAAGAGAUGAGGUUGAACAGUUCUGACCUUCCCCUUUAAUGUCACUGUUGACUCGUUCAUCAACGCCAAACCUGCUGAAUGUAUGUGAGGCUGCAUUAGCCUGUCUGACGAUCAUGUUCUACUGCAGUCUGUCGCAGAAGGACGGAGUAUUUCCUGUAUGUACUGUAACGCAGUGUUGUUUUAGUGCUAAUCGAAUGUUUGAAUUAAUACAAUAGAACUGAUUCACAUGAAGCAAACAGGCUCCUUCUGCAGGGCGAAACAUGCAAAACAGGUUUUCCUCUGCACCCAAUCACAUAACAUGGGUUUGAACGUGUCAUAGUCGUGUGAUCAACUCACAAAUAGCCUGCAUCAGUAUAUAAAUGUGGCUAUAAUUCAGAAUAAGAAGUAAUCAGACGCAUAUCAGAUUCGUACAGAGCCCUGCUGGCCACGUCUCGUAUAAAUGAAAAUAAUGCAGGGCCACAACCGAGUAAGGUGUGGGAAUGAGAUAAUAAGCCUUGACUACAGCUUAAUAGGGCAUUAUCUUGUUCCCAUGCCUUACUAAGUCAUGGCUGCCCUGUAUUGAUAUUUCUAUGUGAUGUCACCAGCAGGGCUCCGUAGCUACGCGGCCACACAAAGUAUGAUGGUGUAAUUAUUCACAAUCAGGAUUGAAAACGUUCACUAUGGAUUUGACUUGGGCUUGUUUUUCUACACUAAGACGUUCAUGUUUUAUAAGACUGUGCUGUCCGUGUGCAAACAGAGUCGAGUCAUAAACCACCAGUAUUUCACA